GAAGACAUAGCUAAGUCGGACUAUUUCUCACCAUCAGAAAUGGCCACCGCAAAGAAAUUGACGGACAACCAUCUGACAUGUGUCAUCUGUACAGAGGUGUUCACAGACCCUGCCACACUUCAGUGUAAUCACACUUUCUGUAAGUCCUGUUUGCAGAAAUACACCAAAACACAGCCUAAAGCAAUUCAAGCCAAGUCUAUUCCAUGUCCCUCCUGUCGACAACUGACGAAGGUGGCCAACCCUGACAGUCAAGUAGAGAAGUAGGUCAGUCAACUGAAACCAAGCCACGUCAUCCAGGGGCUGAUGGACGAUUUGGGGGAAUCGUCAGAUACCUGUAUCAUGUGCAAAGAAGAUGGGGAGACAACUCCAGGUACAAUGUGGUGCACCAUUUGUGAUGAUAUCUUCCAGUUACACAAGAAGAUGCCACGGUUACGUGACCAUGAAGUGAUUGACUUACGCAUCCAUAGUACCGAGAAACCAAAGGUACAGCGCUUUAUGUGCAGAAUUCACAAGGAUGAGAAGAUAAAACUGUUUUGUAAAGAUUUCAGGAUGGCAAUUUGUACUGUAUACUGCAGUAUCAAACACAGGAAGUGUGAUGAUGUUGAAACCAUAGAUGCCAUGAUGCCUCUUGUAACAGAAACAUUGAUCAAUGAAACUAGAAACCAAGAGAAGAAGAUUAAAACUUACAAUGAUAACAUUUCAUCAACAAAACUUGGAAAUUAAAAACCUAUUGAUAAACGCACAAGUGAUGAAAGACAAAGUUCAGAAAGAACGUAUGGUAGCUGUAGACGUUCUCCUGAGAAAAGAAAAGAAACUGCUUGAUCGCAUCGACCAACUCACUGAGACACGUGUAGAAAAAUUGAAUGCCUACAGAAAGUCCCAGGAAAUUGACCUCCAGAUGCAUCAGCAGCGGUAUGAGUUCACAGACAAAGCCGUGAAGGCAAGCUGUGUAGCAGACAUGUCUGAUAUAUAUGGGACUGUUGCUGUAGCAUCCAGAGAUAAGGACACAAGUGAGAACAAGAGACCAAUACCAUCCACUAUCGUCUUCACACAUGACACAGAUAAACUGAGGAGAUCUGUGGAUGAGGUGCAGCUGGGGGAGGUCAAGACUGUUGGAGGUCUAAGUGACCGGACGUCUUCUCCUGUUCUCAUGCACGAAAUUGACUGUAGAUCUGGAGACAUGUUUUAUGAUUUGCGUGAUGUUGUUGUGUUGACAGUUCAUGGUAUCAAGGUAAUUACUGUGAUAGAUUAUUUACAUUGUCGACUCAGCACAUGUUACGUUCCAAGCAAAACAUCCUUCAAUACAUGUCUCCAGCUUCCUACUCAGCCAUUGCGAAUAGCUAAGGUGGGUGGAGCUCGGGCAGCUGUUUCUCUGCCAGACACACAACAAAUAGCUUUCAUCAACUUUGACCCAGAACCUACAUUACACUCAACUGUUAGAACAAGGAGGAAGUAUGGUGGUUUAGCCUUCCUGAACCCUUCAAAACUCCUGGCAGGUGGUUACGAUGGUCGUGCCUCUGUUGACGUGCUGGAUAUGAAAGGGAAUAUACUUAAAUCUAUCUCGACAGGUGUGACAAGGAACCCACAUGAAAUACAUGUUUCUGGGGAAAACAAGUUAGUAGUUAGUGAAGUAACAGUAAGAUCAAUUGUGUCAGUGACCAGAAAAGGCAAAACUGUUUUCACCUACACUCCCACAAGAGACAGAGCUCUAACAUACCCGCAAGGUAUCACAACAAUCAGGACAGGAGACAUCCUUCUUGUGGACAGAGACACCCACAGGGUGAUUCAACUGACAAAGUCGGGGCAGUUUGUCAGAGAUGUCCUCACACAAAAGGAUGGCAUGCAUUAUCCCCACAAUAUCUGUCUGGAUGAUGACAGUGUGUUGUAUGUAAACAGUCGCUACGUAAGAGUAUACGGUUUUGAAAAACAUUGAAUUCAUCAAUAUGAAAAUUACUUUGAUGAACAGUCUGUGUGUGGAUCAUGUGUACAAGACUGAAAUAAUGAGAACUGAUCGCAUAACCGCUACAUGUGAAAUGUAACGUGAAUAGGGUCUUCAUAACUAUUUAGCUUAAUGUUCCUAUUAGCAGCGAUGGAAAUGCACAUAUAGUUAUACAGUUUCCUGAAAUUACGAUCAUCAAGUUAGCACAAAGCGCUCAAUAAUACAUCAUUGAUUAGCAUUGCAUUUGUAAUAUUAGUCUGUUGUGAAUCAUAGUUUAUGUCUUUCGUCUGAUCAGUCAACAAUUAAUUCCACGACAAAAUGGUAUUAUCGAUAACUUUAGCCUGGUUUUGUUGUGAACUAUAGUGUGUGAUUGUCAGCAUAUCUAUUUGCACAUGGAGUCAAGUAUGUUUCUACAAUUUCUACAUUGUUGUGUAAUGUACAUGUAAAAAAAAUAGUAAUGCGCUGCGCAAAGGGUCACAACAUGAGAUACAAUUGUUAUUCGUUAUAUUAUACAGUCUUAUGGUCCUUAGUCUGCAGGCAGACUAAAAUGUAAUUUCGGCAUAAAGUGUUAUUUAACUAAAAUGAAACAUAGAUUUCACUAGAUAUAUAACAAAUAUAUGAAUUAAUAUGACAAUGUAAUUGUCAGGCCAUUUACUAGGCGACUGUAUGUGUUGGGUACACAACCUUACAUAACAACAUCUCAUCGAGUUUCUGUAUAUUGUAUACCCUAUAUCUUUUGUAUGAAUAGUGUAUGUGUAACCUUUUCAGUUGGUACCACUGAACACAAGUCAUAUCUGAUCACACAAUAGUUCAACAGUAAUGUAACAAAUGUGUGUACAAAAUCAUUUCACGUAGCUGGAGGACCCGUGAAGAUCCGGGUAAGAAUAAGUCUUCAGCAGCCCAUGCUU